ACUAGUUACUCCCCAACACUGUAUAUAAUAGACAGAAAUACAAAUAACACUACAUUUAUUACUCACAGUAUUCCUGAAGAGAAACCUCGUUUGGAGUCUCAGGUCUGAGCGGUCUGUAUUCGCGCGCCCUCUACUGCUCCGUAUGAAAACUGUACUCAGUUAAAACAGCUUACCAUUAAAAAACUUGGCACCAGUCGGCCGCCCGGCGUCUCCAUCCCGCUGGAAUCUCAGGAAUACAAAGUUCUUAUCUCGCUCCACACGUUGCUUGUCGGUGACUAUUAACAAACAGCAUUGUGUUCGCGCGAGCGAGCGGGCGGGAGGCGGAGAAGGCGCGUAUAUAAGCGCUCCUGUACAGGAGUGUGCUCUGGAUUACAGAAAGAUGCAUGAGUGCACUGAGAAGACUGCAGUUUAAUAGAGCAAAACAGAACCUUUUGAGCAGUUUGCGAAUUUAUUGGAUUAUCACAAUUUGCGCCGAAUCAGGGAUUUGCAUAAGAUUAAAUAAAAUGGAUUUGAGGAUUAUUUUCCCAGUGUUGUCCAUGCUGUCAUCUGGAUUUUUUGACUUGGCUGCUCCAGCAUCUUUGGGUCAUGGCACAGCACAAGGCACGCCGAUCUCUGUGCGACACUCCAGGACUAAGAGGUGUUCCUGCGCAAGUUUUAUGGAUAAAGAGUGUGUCUACUUUUGCCACCUGGACAUAAUAUGGGUCAACACACCAGAGCGAACAGUGUCAUAUGGACUUGGAAACGCUCCACGUAAGAAGCGCUCAAUAACAGAACCUGUUGUGCCCAAGUCACGCUGCAAAUGUGCAGAUAGCCAAGACAAAACAUGCUCUUCAUUCUGUCAGCCGAACAAUGCGCAUAAAGCAGCAUCAGACAAGGCAAUCCAUGCCGCCCAGGGCCAAGAUUGUGCCGAGAAGCAAUGCAAGCACAAGCUGGCAGACAAACAGACAAAGAUGAAACAAGUGAAAAACACAGAACAUAUUGGUGACAUCCUCUCCAGGGUGAGGGCCAUCAAGAGGAUCCAUCUUCUCCUGGAGAAAUGGCGAGUGAGGCAGCACCACAGGGCACGAGCAUGGACGUCCAAAACGCUGCCUCAUAGAGAUCAAGCUAAGCUUUUGUCCUUUGCUGAUCCACCACAGGAUGUACCUGAGUAAAAGACCCCUCUCUGCUCAUUCAUCACACACGUCUUGUGAAUUCAUGCCAUUGGGUGUCAUCAGGUGUGUUGGAAUACCUGCAGAUGCAAGCGUCUUGGAUUGUGGUGUUUGUCAUGUGGCCUCCACCCUAGAGGAGAGUCUGCAUCAGUGUGGAGUUGUGGAGCUCAAUGGGAUGAAAAACCAAGAGAGAUGUUCACUAAAACAAACCAAACCUCAAAAAUAUAAAGACUAACCUCUAUCAACUCUAAACAUUUCUGACCUAGACCUUUGGUGCAUGGGAUAACUAGUUGGACAAGCCAAGUGGGACAUUUAAAUUAAACUGAUUGCAUAUAAAGAUUACUGUAUGCAUUGAAGAUACUUGUUGCACAGGAGGAAUAUGCUGUAACUAAAUUAAACUGUGGAAUCAGGGAUUCCAGGAACCUAAAGUGGUGUGUGACGCCCAUCAGAGGACACUGAACAUCCAGCCACCACAAGCCCAAAACUUUUUCUUGGAUCUUUUUACUGGACUCAUUCUUUUUUAUUUACUGUAAAGCAAUGAAGCUCUGCAAAUGCGUCAGUGCAUCAAUGGAAUUGCUGUUUUUCACAUUUAUGUUAAAUAUUUAUCUUUAGCCAUAUUGGUUAAUAAGAUUUUUGUCAGUGUUAUUUCAAUGAAAUGAUAACAUUUAAUUGCCAUUAAUGUGGUAAACAUUGUUAGGUAAUAAUAAAUAUUUUGCAUUAUUUAAACAACUUCA